UCUCACACAAACACACAUAAAACCCUAACCGAUCAAAAAUAAAAAAAAAUGUCAGGCAAUACAAAAUUCAGCGUGAUGUGCAGUUUAUUCAACUGGAUUCAAAAAUCAAAAACUUCAUCAAAAAAACGGUCUAAAUUCCGGAAAUUUCUAGACACUUAUUGUAAACCCUGGGAUUAUUUCGCAGCAGUACGAUUGAUCCUUCCGAAUCUCGAUAGAGAGCGAGGUUCUUACGGUUUAAAGGAAUCAGUUUUGGCAACUUGUAUAAUUGAUGCUUUAGGUAUGUCUAGAGAAUCUGCUGAUGCCGUUCGUCUUAUUAAUUGGCGUAAAGGCGGGGCUAAAACCGGUGUUAAUGCUGGCAAUUUUUCACUUGUGGCGGCCGAGGUUCUACAGAGGAGGCAGGGCAUGAUUUCUGGGGACCUAACUAUUAAAGAGAUAAAUGACUUGCUUGAUCGCUUGGCUUCAAGUGAAAAUAGAGCAGAGAAGACUUCUGUUCUUUCUGAUCUGAUCAGGAACACAAAUGCACAAGAAAUGAAGUGGAUUGUUAUGAUUAUCCUUAAAGAUCUCAAGUUAGGAAUCAGUGAGAAAAGUAUCUUCCACGAAUUUCACCCUGAUGCUGAAGACUUGUUCAAUGUCACUUGUGACCUAAAACUAGUUUGUGAAAGGUUGAGGGACCGACGUCAACGCCACAAGCGCCAGGAUAUAGAGGUUGGAAAAGCUGUGCGACCUCAACUGGCUUUGAGGGUUGCUAAUGCAGCUAGUGCAUGGAAAAAGCUUCACGGAAAGGAAGUUGUCAUUGAGUGCAAAUUUGAUGGUGAUCGCAUUCAAAUCCAUAAGAACGGAGAAGAGAUACAUUUUUAUUCUAGGAAUUUUCUUGAUCAUCCAGAAUAUAUACACGGGAUGGCAAAUAUUAUCAAGCAAAAUAUUCUCGUUGACAGGUGUAUACUUGAUGGGGAAAUGUUAGUUUGGGACACAUCAAAUGACCGUUUUGCUGAAUUUGGCUUAAAUCAAGAAAUAGCCAAGGCUGCAAAGGAGGGACUUGCUAGUGAGCGACAGUUAUGUUACGUUGCAUUUGAUAUUUUAUAUGAUGGAGACACCAGUGUUAUACAUCAAAGUCUAAAGGAACGUCAGGAGCUACUUAAAAAGGUUGUGAACCCAGUCAAGGGACGUCUUGAGAUAUUGGUUCCUGAUGGUGGUCUUAAUGUUCAUACAGCUGCUGGGGAACCAUGCUGGUCGCGCAUUGCUCAUAAUAUUGAUGACGUUGAGACUUUUUUCAAACGAACCAUCGAGAACAGAGAUGAAGGAAUUGUUUUGAAAGACCUUGGCUCCAAAUGGGAACCAAGUGAUCGCAGUGGCAAGUGGUUAAAGUUGAAACCUGAUUAUGUUAGAGCUGGAUCUGAUCUGGAUGUUCUCAUUAUAGGUGGAUAUUAUGGCUCAGGUCGUCGUGGUGGACAGGUUGCACAGUUUUUAGUGGGCCUAGCAGAACGCCCAGCCCCAAAUACCUACCCUAGGAGGUUCAUUUCCUUCUGCAGAGUGGGUACUGGACUCUCUGAUGAAGAGCUUGAUGCUGUUGUAAAUAAGCUAAAGCCUUAUUUUAGGAAAUAUGAAUACCCAAAGAAGGGUCCGCCUAACUAUUAUAAGGUUACCAAUAACUCAAAAGAGAGACCAGAUGUCUGGAUUGAUAGUCCCGAGAAAUCAAUCAUACUUUCUAUUACCAGUGACAUUCGUACGAUUCGGUCUGAGGUUUUUGCUGCUCCAUACAGUUUGAGGUUUCCCCGUAUAGAUAAAGUGAGGGACGAUAAACCUUGGCAUGAAUGCCUUGAUGUUGACUCUUUUGUAGAGUUGGUGCAUUCUAGCAAUCAUACAACACAAUGGGGGGAGAAUCAGCAAGAAAAUAAACCAAAACGAGCAAAAUCAUCAAGGGCUGCAAAUAAAAAAAGUGGUUCGUCAGUUCCCUCUCAUCUGCUCAAGACUGAUGUUUCUCAAGUUAAAGGAGAGACAAAAAUAUUAUCAGAUAUGAUGUUUUACUUUGCGAAUGUACCUUCGACGCAUACCAUGGAUUCAUUGCACAAAAUGGUGGCUGAAAAUGGUGGUACUUUUUCAAUGAAUUUGAACAAUGCAGUUACUCAUUGUAUUGCUGCCGAAAGUAGAGGGAUCAAGUUUCAAGCUGCAAAGCGUCAUGGUGAUGUCAUCCAUUACUCAUGGCUACUUGAUUGUUGUACUCAAAAGAAACUUAUCCCCUUACAGCCGAAGUAUUUUCUCGUACUUUCCGAGUCUUCAAAGAAGAAAUUACAAGAAGAUAUUGAUGAAUUUUCAGAUGCUUAUUAUAUGAAUAUUGACAUCAAAGAUUUGGAACAGCUUUUGAAUAACAUCAAUAGAUCUGAGGAUUCUAAAACCAUUGAUUAUUAUAAAAAGAAGUACUGUCCUCUGGACAAGUGGUCACGCUUCAGUGGAUGCUGCAUGUAUUUCUAUGUUCCAGCAAACUAUCUGAGAUCAGAUUGGGAAGCUUUCCUUGAACUUUCAAUGAGAAGGAUGAAACUUGAAGUUUCCUUUAAUGGCGGUAAAGUCAGCAAUCAUAUUUCUACUGCUACUCAUAUGGUGGUCAUGUCCUUGCCAGGGUUAAAUGUGGAUUUUGAUACUAUAUUGAAAAGUUUCUCAUCAUCGGAGAGGCGUCUUUUAAGGAACAAAAAGUUACAUCUGGUCAACUGUCAGUGGCUAGAAGACUGUUUCGAGAAGGACCAAAUGCUACAAGAGGAAGAUUACAGUUUGAGGCCCAUUGGUUCAACAGAAUCAACUUCAUCUGAUGAGAAGCCACUGGAGGUGGAAACCUUCUCUAGCUUGAAGAAAGAAGAAGAUAAGAAGAAAAAGACAGAAAUUUUAGAAGUACCACCUUCAGUUACAGAUGGCAGAAAGAGAAGAGGUAGGCCAACUAAAGCAAAAACAAGUACUAGAGGAAAGACAGGUCUCAACCAGCCUCGAAGGACUCGGGCUCGUUCUGGCAACAAGGCCGUGAAGUUACAUGAAUAUGCAUCUGAAGAAGAUGAGGUUUCUUUAGAUGAAAUCCAUGUGGAAGUCGAUCAAGAAAAGCAACAUGAAAUGCAGGACCCCGUUGUUGAAGAUACAGAACCACUAAAACUUGACACGUACGUGUCUCCUUAUGCACAAUUCACAUCAGAAUAUGGUGACAAUAGGGGCGAUAAUGCAACUAAUAAAGAAAGUGAUAAACUGGAAGUCAUGGUUGACCCAGUUCAGGCCAUGUUACUAGACAUGAUCCCGAGCCUGGAACCAAAGACUAACGAAAGUGUGAUUUUGGAUCCUCCAGUUCCCAAGAGUGAAACCCCAGCCCCGACAUCAGAUCCUAAUCCGGGGCCUUCAAAGAAGAAGAAAGUGAGUUUUAGGGAACGGGCCAUGGAAUUGCUCAAAGACUAAUAUUAUGUUUAAUGGCCACUAUGUAGUAUGUAAGACUAUCUGUAUCCAUGUCCUUAAUUAUCUUACAGGAUCUUCAGUAUAUAGCGAAAUGUCGCUAAGUAGAAUUAUUGACUCUUUGUACAUAAAAACAUUUAAGCUAGAAUAUUUGCAUUAGGAUUGUUAAAACGAUUGUAUUUCCCGUUGAAUGGUUUUAAUCGAAAGGUUGAGAGAGCCUUCCAACUUCCAAGGUCUCUGAACUAGUCGGAUUGAGAA